AUGUAUUCCUCCGAUAGCAGCGACGAGAAGAAGCUGUGGCUUGAGGCUGAAAGCCUCCGUCGCAUCGCCUUUUUCGGCAUCUGUAUCAGUACCGUCGCCACUCUGACGGCCAUCGUUGCUAUUCCAUCCUUGUACAACUACAUGCAGCAUGUCCAAUCAUCCUUACAAACCGAAGUUGAGUUCUGUAAGCACCGAACGAAUGGACUUUUCGACCAGUAUGAGCGUAUGCAAAGGAUUAAAGGCGUACGAGGAGGUAUCGUAAAACGUCAAGCCGGAUAUGACGCUCCCGGCGAAUACAAAUCACCAGAUGCAGCAGUGCAAGGUGAUACCAUACAGCAAGCUGCAAAUCAGGACUUGCCGGACCACCUGGUCCUCCCGGACUCGAUGGUCCCGAUGGAAAGGACGGUCUACCAGGCGCCAAUGGAGAGCCUGUUCCUACUGCUGAUGACUUCUGCUUCGAUUGCCCUGCUGGUCCUCCAGGACCACCAGGAAACCCAGGACCCUAAGGGACCUAACGGAAACCCUGGGGCUGAUGGGCAACCUGGACCUGACGGCCAACCCGGCCAACCUGGACCACCUGGACCACAAGGACCUCCUGGUGCCGAUGGAGAACCCGGCCAACCUGGUGAACAAGGAGCACCUGGAGUCGUCGAGGAAGUUGCAGUACCUGAUGGUCCAGCUGGACCUCCAGGACCACCCGGACCUCCAGGUCCAGAUGGACAACCCGGAGCACCUGGUCAACCUGGAAUGGAUGGACCUCAAGGACCACCCGGAGAUCCAGGACGCGAUGGAGCACCAGGAAACCCAGGAGCUCCUGGAGAACAAGGACCACUUGGAGAGACAGGAGCUGGAGGUGGUUGCGAUCACUGUCCUCCUCCAAGAACUGCUCCUGGAUAUUAA